CUGUAGCUACCUGAAUUAGUUAGGGAGUGCGAUUUCUCAAGACAAAAAUCUCAAAAAAAAAAAAGGACAAGGACAAGGACAAUCAAUGGCUUGGCUCCACGUCUCACUUUAUCUUAUCAAUAUUAUUCUUAAAGCUACUCCAUAAACUGUAAUCUGCAGCUCUCCAUCCACACACACUCAAAAUUAGUAACAAUGAUUGCACGUCAAUUAUGCAUAGUGUUGCUGCUGCUACACCUGCUGGUGUUUCCCUUGCUAAAGGCAGUUGAAGAGGAUGCUUCCAGCAGCGAUAGCAUCAUCUUCACCACACUUGGCAGACCUGACUACGCUUUUGAUAUCUAUUCCCUCCCAAUUCAUCAUCACUACCACCACCAAGAAUUACAACUCACUGACGGACACUCCGUCAAUUUUAACGGCCAAUUCCUUCCCAAUCUCACAUCCAUUAAACUCCUCACUCACCAAGAUCCACCUCCUCUUCAACUCGUUUACGUUACUGAGAGAACCGGUUUUCCAACCAUAUACUACGACGCCGUUUACACAACCACCACCAAAAUCAAUGAUAGGAUUCAACUUCCACUGUUACCUAAUCACCUCACUCAAACACAGUCUCAACUUUCAAUCAAAGAUAAACCAAGUUUAUCCAGCGACGGUCAAUAUUUAAUCUACGUGUCAACCCACGAGGAUCCCGGUGUGCAACGUGUCAGCUGGACCGCCGUUUAUUCCACCCAUCUUAAAUCGGGUAACACCCGAAGACUCACUCCAUACGGCGUCGCUGAUUUCAGCCCAGCCGUAUCUCCUACCGGGAAAUGGACAGCAGUUGCUUCUUACGGCGGUAAUGGUUGGUCCGGUGAAGUAGAGGAUCUCACUACAGACAUCUACGUUUUCCUCACUCACGACGGAACUCACAGAUACAAAGUAGUUGAUCACGGUGGCUGGCCAAGUUGGGUUGAUGAUCGGACUAUUUACUUUCACCGGAGAGGAAACGACGGUUGGUUGAGUAUUUACAGAGCAAUUCUCACCACUGAUUCUUCUUACUCUGUUCUCAUCGAACGAGUUACCCCACCGGGUUUACACGUAUUCACACCGGCAACUUCACCGGGAAACAACAAAUUCAUCGCCGUCGCAACGAGAAGACCUGGCUCUAACUUCCGUCACAUUGAAUUAUUCGACCUGGUUAACAACGAGUUCAAGGAGUUAACUCGUUUCGUCUCACCUAAUACUCACCAUCUCAACCCGUUUAUCUCACCCGAUUCAGCGCGGGUCGGGUAUCACAAGUGCAGGGGAAAAGAAAGUAACACCAGUCCUCAGUUUAUGCUAGAGAAUGUUCGGAGCCCCGUUCCAAAUCUAACUCUCUUCCGGUUCACUGGUUCGUUUCCGGUUUUCUCACCCUCUGGAGAUAGAAUUGCUUACGUUGAGAUGCCUGGUGUUUAUGUCGUGAACCGAGACGGUUCGAACCGAAAAAAGGUUUCUGAUGCAAUGGCUUUCUCAACCGCAUGGGACCGGGUUCGACCCGGUGUAAUCUACACAGCAGUUGGAGAAACCUUUGCUUCAGAAAGCACUGAGGUUGAUAUCAUAUCCAUCGAUGUUGACCGAAAUUUCGUCAAGAAGUUGACUCUGGAUGGAAAGAACAAUGCCUUUCCGUCACCAUCACCGGAUGGAAAAUGGAUUGUUUUCCGUUCAGGUCGAUCAGGUCAUAAGAAUCUUUACAUAAUGGAUGCCGUUCACGGAGAGAAAAACGGGCUUAAGAGACUAACUGAGGGUCCAUGGUCUGAUACAAUGUGCAACUGGUCCCCUGAUGGAGAAUGGAUUGCUUUUGCAUCGGAUCGUCAUGACCCAGGAAGUGGAAGCUUUGAAAUUUAUUUGAUCCACCCGGAUGGAACCGGGUUGAGGAAACUGAUUCACAGUGGUUCAGGUGGGAGGACGAAUCAUCCUUAUUUUAGCCCUGAUGGAAAGAGUAUGGUGUUUACAUCAGAUUAUGCAGGAAUAUCAGCGGAGCCAAUCUCUAACCCUCAUCAUUAUCAACCUUACGGUGAAAUAUUUACCGUGAGGUUGGAUGGUUCGGGUUUAACAAGAUUGACUCAUAAUUCUUAUGAAGAUGGAACCCCUGCUUGGUCACCCAAAUAUAUCAAGCCUGUGAAUGUUGAGAUGCCUAAGGGUGGACCUUAUUGUUCAUUUGAGGAUUGCCAUUGGCUCAACAACAUGCCAAACUACAUUGUUAGUACAGGGCUACAUGCACAAUGUGGUCUGUAAAUGGUGAUGGCAUAUUAAACAUAAGAGUAAUGUAUAGUAAAUAAUUAAGGUGGGAUGUAAAAAUUGUAGGUUGAGCGUUUAUUGUUAAUGUGGAUUUGGCCUUGUAUUCUACCUCUGUAUUGUGUAAACUUUUUCGGUGGAUAUGUUAAUAAACAGAAGCAGCAAUAUAGAAUAUCAAUCAA